AAAAAAAGUGCUUUGUUUAGAGUGGAGAUCUUGUUGCGAUCUUGGUUUCACUAGGUUUCUAGAGAGGAUUUUGGAAGAGGUGAUUGGUGGACACCCAUACCCUCAAACCAUGUUUAGUUUCAUGGAGAUGCUUAAAUCAUUGGCACCAUUUUUCACUGCUGCUGUUGUGAUUGUACUAAGUCCCUUUGUAAAAGAACGCAUACCUUCUGCAGUCAGCAAUUAUCUCGUCUCCACCUUUCAAAUGUGGCUCGCUAGAUUCUGCACGCCUCACAUCACUGUCGUCAUUGAAGAGAAAGGUGAACUCAAAAGCAACCAAAUCUAUGAAGCUGCCAAAGCCCACCUACAUACCCUGAUUUCUGAUUCAACAAAACCAAAACGCUUCAAGGUAAGCAAAGAAGAUAGGCAAACGGAAUCAACAAUUGAUAUCAUAAAGGAUGUAGAGGUUAUUGACUACUUUAGAGAAAUUAAACUCAAAUGGAAGUUACGUACAGAAAAAGGAGAGUAUCAUUACAGUCCUACUAAGAAAUAUUUUGAGCUUUCCUUUGACAAGGGAUACGAAAUGGAUGUGCUAGACUCUUAUUUAGAUGAUAUAGUAGACCGUUAUGAGAGAAUUCAGAAAGAAGACAAGGUGGUAAGGAUUUAUACCUGUAAAGAAAACAAUCGUGAUCGUGCGGUUUAUCCUGAACAAGAUAGUGAUCGUAAUGUAAAUUGGAGUUAUGUUAAUCUUGAACAUUCAGCUACGUUUGAGAAGUUGGCAAUGAACCCAGAGAAGAAGGAGAUGCUCAAGGAUGAUUUGGACAGGUUUCUUGGAGGGAAGGAUUUAUAUCAGAAAGUUGGCAAGUCAUGGAAGCGAGGGUAUUUGCUUUAUGGUCCACCGGGUACUGGUAAAUCAAGCUUGAUUGCUGCCAUGGCUAAUUACGUCAAGUAUAAUAUCUACGAUUUGAACCUUACCGCUGGGCUUUCAAAUGAAGACUUGAGAAGUAUAUUGCUCUCAACAACUGAUCGCUCAAUACUGGUAAUCGAGGAUGUAGAUUGUUGUACAAAGUUCAAUGACAAAGAGAAGAGGCAUUACACGUUCACACAAUCGGGUUUAUUGAACAUAAUGGAUGGAUUAUGGUCGAGCUGUGGAGAUGAACGAAUUAUUGUGUUCACCACCAAUCAUAAGGACCGGCUUGAUCCUGCUAUAUUGCGCCCAGGCCACAUGGAUGUGCACGUGCACAUGUCAUAUUGCACCAUGGAUGAGUUCAAGCUUUUGGCUUCUAAUUAUCUUAAUAUCGAAGAUGACCACCAACUCUAUAGACAGAUUGAAGGAUUGUUGGAGAAUGUAGAGGUUACCCCAGCUGAAAUUGCAGAGGAACUUUUAAAGAGUGGUGGUACUGAUGUUGUUCUCGGAGGACUAGUCAAAUUUCUCAAGGAAAAAACAAUUCAGAAAGCAAAGGCUGCAGAGUUGAAGGAACUUCUGAAGAGUGAUGAUAAUACAGAUGUUGAUGUUGAAGGAUUUGUGAAAUUUCUUGAGCAGGAAAAACUUAAGAAUGCAAAGGCUGCAGAGGCGGAGCAACUUUUGAAGAUUCAUCAUACUUCUGUUGAUGUUGAUGUCAAUGUUGAAGGACUUGUUAAACUUUUCAAGCAAAAAAAACUUGAGGAUGCAAAGGCUGCAGAGGUAGUGCAAGUAAAUAUCCAAAAGAAUCAUAAAUGAUGGGUAAUUUCAAAAGAGGUGGUUCGUGUUCUCAAGGAAUUAGUAAUGUUCCCAAGCCAUUCUAGCACUUGUCAAAUCGCAUUUAAGUUUUUCAUCUGGGUGACCAUGAGUGACUCCCUGCUGGUGGUGAUCAUUAUUUGUUCCUCCCCUCAUUUCUGUGUUUUUCUUCUCUUUGUGAAAUAAUAUGCAUCGUGUCAAUGUGUGGGUUUGCACUGCUGUGAAUCUGAUUAUGUACUUGUGCAAAUUGUGUGACCAUGCAUGUGUGUGAGACUUUGGUGAUUUAGAAAAGAAUUACAUGUUUGUUGAAUGGA